UAAACUCGUCCAUUCAAAUUUUUUCUUUAUAAAUCUUUUGGAGUCUUACAUUUUCGGGUAUUUUGGAUCAAAAGAAAAAUCUUAAACAAGGUACAGGCGCAAAUUCAAUUUCUUUAGAACUUUAGAACCACUUCACUCAAAAAAAAAAAAAAAUUAAAAAUAAAUAAAACCUCCAGAACGGCAGAACCUCUCAUACGCAAAUUCGUCGCUCAUACGCUAAUUCCAAAGCUCGAAUUGCAGGUUGUUUAGAAAUGAAAAGGCUGCCUAUUCUGAAGAACCUUGAUUUAUACUGAUAUCUCGAAAAGAAUGUCAGAUUUCGAGUGCUGACUCUAUCUUGAGCUGGUAAUUGACUAAUACUAUAUGAGGGCAAGUGGCAGAUAUUAUGUAUUCAGCAGUGGCAUACACACCCCAGCUGAGCCAUCUGCUUGUUGCUCUGUGGUUGGGAACACUGGCCUUUUCUGCUGGUAUUGUCUAGCAAAAGAAAUAACAAAUUGUUUAUCCCAUGCUUUUGUGAAGUUGGAAGUGACAAAGAGGUCAGGGUGUGGAUCUUUAUCUUAAGUCUGAGAAGAAGCUUUAGAUGUCCGAACUGGAUGUGGUGGAAUCUGAACCAAGUUCACCUGCUCCAGUAUAUGGUCAGAUGAUGAAGUCAUACAUUUGGCUCCAUACAGUUGAUGGUUCUAUACAACAAGUUGAACAAGAGGUUGCUAUGUUUUGCCCAGUCAUAUGUCAUGAAAUACAUGCAGGAAAGGGAUCAGCUAAGAGUCAUGCUAUCUGUCUUCCACAAAGAGUCAAUCCUGCCAUGCUAAGUUUAAUUCUUGAUUAUUGCCGCUUCCAUCAAGUUCCAGGACAUUCUAAUAAGGAACGGAAAUCCUUUGAUGAGAAGUUCAUCCGAAUGGAUACAAAAAGGCUCUGUGAGUUGGCAUCUGCUGCUGAUAGCCUGCAGUUGAAGCCCUUGGUUGAACUAACAAGCCGUGCUCUGGCACGAAUGAUUGAAGGCAAAACUCCGGAGGAGAUACGUGAGAUAUUCUGUUUGCCUGAUGAUCUUACAGAGGAGGAGAAGUUGGAGCCUUUGCGAAACAUGACUGAUGAUCCUCGAAUCAGACUUUUGAACCGGCUGUAUGCGAAAAGGAGGAAAGAGCUUAGAGAGAAAGAGAAAGUGAAGUGUGCUGAAGCUGAAGAAAUGCAUGUAGAUAAUCGCUCGGUUGAUGAUUUAUUGUCAUUUAUAAAUGGAGGUGAUGAAGUCACAAGUUUUUGUUGCUCAGAUAAUAAAGCUGCUAAAACAUCUAAGAGCAAGAAAAAACACCGGAGGAGGAAGGACCAGCCAAAAAGUCCUCCAUUAAUAAAUGGCAUUGAACAUCAUAAGGAGUCCAAGGGCAAUUGCUCUCAAGUCUCUACGCUUGGGCCUAGCCCCAGUUUGAGAAGAGAGUUAUCAAGUUUGGACAAUUGCUUUAUUGGAGAAGAGAACUUGGACGACGGGGAUGAUGAUAUUGAUCCGGUGAUGAAGGAACAAAUUGAUAGGUUUGUUUUUGAACCUCAUGUUUUACUGAAGUACGAAUAUAAAGAACAAAGAGAGCUGCUAUCUUAUUACUUGGAGGUAGAGGAUUUUACUCGGAGGCUCAAUCUAAACUGGUCCGAGAGAAUGCAUGAGCUUCUACACGGAUCUAGAAAAGAAGUCAGUAACUUUAUUCAUUAAUAACAACCAAUUCCACUGGAAAAUAAGGAGAGAACGAGGACGGUAAACUCCAUGGAAGUGGAUUUCGAUGGCUUAAAUUUAUGAUGGAUGGUAGGAUAAAAAUGUCCUGUGUACAUUAAGCUGAUGAUUCUUGCUGCAGAAAUGAGGCGGGUAAUAAGGUUGGUUACCAAUGAUUCUUGCUGCAUGAACAGGAGCAAUAAGUUGGCAACAGGGCAACAUCAAGGAGUUUGUGUCCCUUUUUUCUCUCCUUUUCCUAUGAAAUUUUUCUCCCUGUUUUUUCCCAUUCUUUUAUAGUUGAGUAGGUUGCAAAUUUUGUCGAUGAAAUUUUGUUGUAAAAUUUAGCGGAAGUUACGAUAAAAGAAGAGGAUUUUUCGAGUUUUUUUUCGUGUAUUGAACCCUUGUAAAGUUGUGAUUAGAUCGUGUAAAAGUACAUCUGAUGUUGUGAGAUCAUAAGUUGGGGGAUCAGAAAUCAGAUCAUCAUUUCCUUUGUGAUCAUGAUAUUGUUAAUGUUUAAUGAAUGUAUAUGCUGACUUUGUAA